UUAUUACUCAGUGCAUGGAUCUCAGCGGUUGGUGGAACUACACAGAGUUUGUUUUUAUCAUGAAACUUGAAUACUGUACAAAUAAACACAGAGCAUGGUGUCCAAUAAGUAGAGGAGGAUCCAGACAGAGUCACAUGUUAACUGCAGGUGAGUAAUCAUGCCACCGCCAAAAAAAACUAAACAAAAAAAUGAACAAUGUGUUUUCUGCUCAUUUUACCAUCACAUCAAAAACAAGUGUAAUUUUUAUGGCAUCGUAAAUGGUUUAUCAUUAACUACGUGUCUGAAGGCAACACUAUCUGCAUCUAUAAAUACCGUGCAGCUGAAGGGGAACACAACAAUUCACUGCAGGCUGACACUGUCACAGAGCAGCACAAUGAGGACCAUCACCUGCGUGUCACUCUUCCUCUUGGUGUUUCGCCAUCUCUCCUGCACUGUCAUUGUAAAGGAAGGGGAUUUUCAAUUCUCUCUGGAUUCAGUCAAAGCUCUUGGGCAUUUGUUGAAAGGAGAGCACCAUGAAGCAUCAACAAAGCAAGAGCUCCAUCUACUGGAAGACAAGGCAGUGGCCUUAUGUUCUCACCCUGCUCUACCUGGAGAGUUCAAACCUCUGUGUCUGAGAAAAGAUGGCGGAGCAUCGCUGGCCAGGCUGAUUCUGAUUUCCAACCACCCUGACGACUGUGAGAUCUGUGUGACUGUGGCCUGCACCGGCUGCAGGACGGAGUGAUGACAUCUCCAUCAAAAUAAAUCGGACUUUGUCUGAAGUUUAAAUUAAAAAGGAAAAAAGGACGAAAAAACAGUGUGGUCACUGACGACCGUCAACAACUGCAAAGUUUUACUGAAGGGAAUUUAAGAUCAACUUUGAUUGAUUUCAAUUCAUGUACAUUGUGAUUAUUAUUUUUCCCCUUUUGUUCAACGGUAGAAUAGUUCACUUCCACAUCUGUCUUUAACCUGGCUUCUAGCUCUUUGAUUAUUGGUUGUGGUUAUGUAAUGAUCAAAUGCUAAAUGUUUCUUGCCAUUGCACAAAAGUACCAUCAAAUGUUAUGCUUCACCGAUUGGCCGUUUGUGUAUGUUACAGUUUAGAAUAACCUCAGAUAAAUAAAUCACAGAGCUCAAAGAAAGAGCACACAUUUAAGAACAAAAUUCAAUCUCUGUGACAAUUUAUUAGUGCAACUAUGACAGAUUUCAAACACGUAGUACAUACACACACACACACACACACACACACACACACACACACAAUGGAAGCAGUCUACACUAAGAAAUUAUCAGCCCUACAUUGUUAUAUAAUGAAGUGGUUAAUAUUUGACUUUUGUAAUGCUUGAUUUUUUUACAGAUUCAUGCUGACAGUGACAUCAAAGAAUGAAAUGACAAUGUCUGUCAGUUAUUUAAUGCAAAAUUCAGUCAAACUUUACCAUAAAAGAUUUAAAAAAUGUAGUUAUAUAUGGAUAUUAUAACUUAAACAAAUCAUUUGAUAUUCACCUUCAUAAAUCAAGGCAUUUUCUUAUCUAGAAGAUAUUUAGCUCUGGAAAGAAGAACAUUUCAGCAAAUCUUCCUUAAGGUCAUAGUUGUGAUCUAAACACCGCUUUUUUGAUGAUUAACAUUGCUACCAUGUUUAUUUAAUAUAUAUAUUGUUGUAUAUAAGUACAGUAUACACUGUAUAUGCAUAGCGUCUGUAGAAUAAAGAUGGACUCUGUAGGAAGCUA